GUGCGUGGCGAUCGUGUGUUAUGACUCGAGGAUUUGAACCAUUUUGAGAGAAAAAUACAAAUACGAACUGUCAGAAUAAAACGUCAGAUGAUCGCCAGUCUUCAAAAUUUAGACAAUGUGUAAAAAUUUGUGCGACUUGUGCGGCUAUUAGUAAAAUUGUUUUCUCGCCAAACUUUUGUUCUCAACCGCCCUAUACUUAUUCUGGAUUAGAAUUAAACCCAACAAUAUUAAGGAAAUUGUUUAAAUAUAUUAUCGUAUAUGUUUUAACAUUUCCGGUAGGUUAGUUCAUUUACCGUAUGAUGGAGAACAGCAAUAAAAUUGUGGCACCGCACCUAAAUGCCGAAGUAUACAGGACAGAUACGACUGGAAAUGAAGCACCUUCGUAUUUAGAUUACAUUAAACUUCAUCCAGAUGGCAGUGUUCUAGUCGGCUGUUCAGAGCUGACGGGAAGAUAUUGGCUCGGGGGUGCUGCCAUCUUCAAGAAUAUUGCUGAAGCCAAGGGAAUAAACCCAAAAUCUAUGAGAAGUAUUCAGUUGGACUCUGGGACGGCUGAUGGAUGUUUCAUAGGAAAGUCGUCCAAGGUUUUAAUAUGUGAGGAUAGUGGUGCAAUCAGCAUUUUUAGCAUAAACAAGGAUGACACUUGGAAGCAAUGGAAGGAAGAGAUGACAGUGUCUGAGCAUGACAAUGGGAUUUUGGCAUUAGACUGCCUUGAGCCAGAGAAACAAUAUGUUACCGCUGGUGCUGACGGACAUAUCAAGGUGUGGGAUCUGACUGACAUGAUCUGCAUUAGGAACUAUAGUUUAGCACACUGUGCUGCGGUGUCCGGUGUCUCGGUGAGACCUAACUCCACUACAAGCUUUGCAUCUGGAUCUUUAGACAUGUACAUCACACUGUGGGAUGAUAAUAUUGACAAACCUGUUAUAGAUUUAGUAAAGAAUGACUGUGGCAUCCGUUGCUUACAAUGGGUUGAUGAAAACCAGUUGGUGUACGGAGAUGAGGCAGGUGUACUCCGAGUAAUGGACGUGAGAGUUCCUGAGAAAACUAAUGUGCUCUUCGUACUUUCUAGGUAUAUAUACAGUAUUUUGGUUUAAGUGCAUAAACUGGCAGUGCAUCCAGAGCACGGAAAAAUAGCAGUCUGCUGUGAUAACAAAAUUGUUUCCGUAUGCGACAAGGUUGCAGACAGCAAGUCGAGGGUACUGUACCACGACCGUCACUUGCACAGCAACUACGUGCGAGGUGUGGCGUGGGACAACAGUGAUAGCAACACUUUACACUCCUCGGCCUGGGACGGACUCAUCAGAACUCAUAAUGUUUCGUGAAUGUAUGUGGUACCAAUUUUAAAUAUAUUUUGAUUCUCCCACCAACCUGA